CCACAACUUUUGAGGCGGGGACCGCGCUCUCAGCCUCACUUCGCUCACUUCCCCGGCCCCGGGCAGCACCCGCCGCUCGCUUCCCUCGCACCCGCGCCCGCCCCGCGCCCGCCCCGCGCGCCGGGCAUGUGAGCGCGGGCGGGCGCCGCCACCAUGGCCUCGCCGCCGCCUCCGCUCCUGCUGCUGCUGCUGCCGCUGCUGCUGCUGCUGCUGCCGCCGGCCGCCCCCGGGACGCGGGGCCAGCCGCCCUCUCCGGGAGGCACGGGGCCGGCGGGGUCGCCCGAGCCCGGCCCCGAGCGCGAGCUGCCGCCGCCCUCGGAGCGCCACGGGCCCGCGCCCCCCGGCCACCGCCAGACGACCACUGCGCCGGGCGCCGCGACGCGGCUGGGACCCUCGGGCCGGGCCCCCGGAGGCAGGAGCGCGGCUGCUGUAAAAAACCACUGGCUAGAAAGCAACACUGAACAACCCCACACAGAAAAUAUUACCUUUGAUCAGAAUCAAGUGGACUUUUCAACAGUGGUCUCCAAAGAGGAUGUGAUGGUUCAGACCCCCAGGAAGAGCCACGCUUCUUCAGAUGCUCCAGGAAACUUCCCUCCACAAACUGAAACAGCAGCUACAGGAAGAAGUGACUCUUCAAGGAGGACAGAUGUCACCCUUUCCCCUGUUGGGCCUGAGAGAGCAGCCGCUCUGACUUCCCAGAGCAGCACCUUAGCCUUGGGAAGGCAUCGCCCGCCGUCCAGCAGUUCAGGGUCAGAAGGAAGAACCGCCCCUCCUCACACGGAAAGCGGAACAUCCUGGGGUUCCCCGGCAAGGGGGCAGGGGCUCCCUGAAGAAGUGACUGUGCACACCCAGGUGGCUGCCACUUCAGUUUUGACCCAGUCUUCUCUUCCUGCUGUGGAGGGGGGAGAAGAGACCACACUCCCCAGGCAGAGAAAUUCCUCAGGACCAGAGCUCUCCUGGCUGCCUCUUUCCAGGACACUGGCUCACUUCCCUCCCUCAGACCAGUCCGCAUCUUCUGGAAGUACGGAGGAUUUAAACAACUCUACUGCUGUCCACAGCCCCUCGGUCAGUGGGACAAAGAGUGUCCAUGUUGCUACCAUGUUCCCCGACGGUGUCCUAAAGGUGCUCCAGUCUUUAGCCAUCAGUCCAGGACCUCUAAAUGAGACAGAGCGUUUCCCUGAGGACUCUGAAAUGACCACAACUUCAGCAUCAGUCCAUUCUUCACACUCUGAGGCAGGGUGGAGAAGAAACAGUGGAGUAAUCAGGAGCCCAGGGGAUGGGGAACUCACUAAGCCAUCCACAGAAAAUGGAGCUGGCCUUACGUCCUCCAAGGUCUCAUGGGAAUUUUGGCAAAAUGAUUCCCCAACCUCCAGAGGACACCAACUCGCCAGCAGCUCUGGUGUGGGGAGUGGCAGCUCCGUGUCUCAGACAGCGACUGUGUCUCGGUCAGUCCCACUGGCAAGAGGUGGAGAGAGCACUGCUCGCUGGUUCUUGACCGACAGCGAGCCAUUCGCAGAUGCGACCGGAAGCUCCACUUCCCAUCCUGAGGUUGUGAACGCUUCGGUUUUGACCCGGUUUUCAGCCUCCGCCCCACAGUCUCGAGGAAGUGACCCAGCGCCUGGUGAGAGGAGCUAUUCCGAACCGGCCACCGAGUCCUUGUCUUCAUCCUCCUCAGAAAGCCUGGGCUCCUCGGCACCACGCGGGGAGCGCUCCACCACCGAAGACAGUCCUGAGCUGGCCGUCAGUUCCGAAGUGGAGGAGGGGGCGCCCGGAGCCCGCGCUCACAGCCCGCACACCUGGGCUACUUUCACUGGAGUCGGGGAGCGCACGCUGCGAUCUCUCACCAAAGGCAGCACGACUCCUGGGGAUGUGGAGCGCUCGGCGGCAACGCCCAGAGACGCGGAGCGCCCCACCCAGCGGGGGAACGUGACGGCGACCUGGGAUGCCCACGCGGUCUCGGGUUCACUGGCAGCCUCGCGAGUGCUCGGAGUCACUGGAAUGAGCUACGAUGCAGUGAGUGGCACACACCCUGAACACGGGACGUCCAGUGACUACACAGACCACACCUACGUUUCAGCUCCUUUCACCAAAGGGGAACGGGCACUGCUGUCCAUUGCGGACCACAGUUCAUCCUUGGACGUAAGGGAGAGUUCCACCUCUUCCGUUAAGAUCUCAAGCUCUUUGCAUUCAGACUCUUCUUCCUCUUCUCAGGCUCAGGCAGAGAGAAGCAACGUCUCCUCCCACGAUGGGGAAUACGCUCAGUCUUCCACUGAGGCACUAGUUCUGCGCACGGCCAGCCCUCCAUCCCGCACACCCGCCGUUAGUAUGCUGACCACUCUGGUUCUUCUGGACACCGAUGCUGAAUCCGUUGGCGAUACAUCAUCGUCUUCUUCGUCAGGGCCCCCCUUGCCCCAGCCCUCAGUGUCACAGUCCUACCGGUUGUUCUCGUCAACCUUGCCAUCGACCAGGGCCUCCACUCACCCACUGCAGUCCGCCCCUGAUGUGCCCACACCUUUGUCUUCCUCGCCACCACCCUCACUAGUAUCCCUGACAGCAUCUGCCCCUGUCUCGCCGUCUGUCUCACAGACAAUCCUCCCACCUUCAUCUUCUACCCUGGUCCUGCCCAAGGCAAGGGACACUCCUGUGACUUCAGCCUGGACGUCGGUAAUGGCAUCAUCCGUGGCAAUGCUCCCCAGCAGUCAAACGGCAGAUCCUAAGAACCAGAGCAGCCCACACCUCGGGAAGCUCGUUACGGAAUCAAAGCCACAGAGCCUGGAGACUCUGCCCGUGGAGGCCACGGAAACUGUAACAGUGAGGUCUCCUCUGGGGAUCCCUUUGCCCCUGGCCUUAACGGAGUCCUCCACUGAGCAAACCCUUCCAGCCACCAGCACCAGCUUAGCCCAGACGUCUCCAGCUUUGGUAGCUACCACUCUCCAGACCUCUCAUCCCCGUGUGCCCAGCCCCCAACCCCCAUCAAGCACAGCAUCUCUGACGGGUGGUCCUACAACAGUACAGACAGUGGCCGGAAAACAGCUCCCGCCAACCAGUCCUGAAAUUCUAGUGGUACGCAUCUCAACAGAAGGUGCUGUCACCACAGAAAGGAACCCAGUGAAUAGAGAUGCUGCCACCGGAUCGAUCGCCCUGACCAGUACGCCCACAUCAGCAAAAGAAUGGACCACGGGGCUUGCCCCUACAGAAGAGCACAGCCUGGCUUCACAUUUCCUCAGAACAUCUCCUUCCCCCCAAAGCACACCUGUUUCUACAGCUAAGGUGUUGACAUCUACAUCGACCACCCUCACUGCUCAGAGCAGCACGCAGUCGUCCACAGCACCGUCAUCUCCAGCCUCAGUUAACAGCUGUGCCGCUAACCCUUGUCUUCAUGAUGGGAAAUGCGUCGUGGACCCCACCAGCCGUGGGUACCAGUGUGUGUGCUCACCUUCCUGGCAAGGAGAUGACUGCAACGUGGAUGUGAAUGAGUGCCUCUCAAACCCCUGCCCACCCCUGGCCAUGUGCAACAAUACUCAGGGAUCCUUCACCUGCAGAUGCCCAGUGGGGUACCAGCUGGAAAAAGGGAUAUGCAAUUUGGUUAGAACCUUCGUGACAGAGUUUAAAUUGAAGAAAAUAUUUCUUAAUGCCACCGUGGAAAAACAUUCAGACCUUCGUGAAGUUGAAAAUGAGAUCACCAAAACGUUAAAUGUGUGUUUUUCAACAUUACCUGGUUAUACCCGAUCCACAGCUCAUGCUUCUAGGGAGCCCAGUGCGGUGGUGAUGUCACUGCAAACCACCUUUUCCCUGGCCUCCAACGUGACGCUGUUUGACCUGGCCGAUGGGAUGCAGAAAUGUGUCAACUCCUGCAGGGCCUCUGCUGAGGUCUGCCAGCUCUUGGGUUCUCAGAGGCGGAUCUUUAGAGGUGGGAGAAGGGAGCCCACACCUCACUGCCCAGUGUACACGUGGCCCUUCCUCGGCUGUCUCCUCACGCUGAACUUGCUCACGCCCGCCAAAAACAGCGGCGUAGCGGGCAGCUUGUGCAAGCGGAAGACUCCAGAAUGUGACAAAGAGACCUCCAUCUGCACCGAUCUGGACGGGGUCGCGCUGUGCCAGUGCAAGUCUGGCUACUUCCAGUUCAACAAGAUGGACCACUCCUGCCGAGCCUGUGAAGAUGGAUAUAGGCUUGAAAAUGAAACCUGCAUGAGUUGCCCAUUCGGCCUUGGUGGUCUCAACUGUGGAAACCCCUAUCAGCUCAUCACUGUGGUGAUUGCAGCAGCGGGAGGUGGGCUUCUGCUCAUCCUGGGCAUCGCACUGAUUGUUACCUGUUGCAGAAAGAAUAAAAACGACAUAAGCAAGCUCAUCUUCAAAAGUGGGGAUUUCCAAAUGUCCCCAUAUGCUGAGUACCCCAAGAACCCUCGCUCACAAGAAUGGGGCCGAGAAGCUAUUGAAAUGCAUGAGAAUGGAAGUACCAAAAACCUCCUCCAGAUGACGGAUGUGUAUUACUCGCCUACAAGUGUAAGGAAUCCUGAACUUGAACGAAAUGGACUCUACCCGGCCUACACUGGAUUGCCAGGAUCGCGGCAUUCUUGCAUUUUCCCCGGACAGUAUAACCCAUCUUUCAUCAGCGAUGAGAGUAGGAGAAGAGACUACUUCUAAGCGCAGCAGAGAGAGGGGCCCGUUGCUGCGACUGCACCAGCGGAGCGCCUCCCGCCGGCUGCUCCCAGGACUUGUGCAGCCAUACCUGAGCGGCCAGCGGAGAGGGGAUGGGCAUGGGGGGUGUGGCCACAGUGGAAGGGGACAGCUGGAGCCCGUGGACGCGGAGCUGCAGGCUGCUCAUCCGGCACCUUCACUGCUACUGUGAAUGUGAACACGGGCCAGUACGGUAGAGUCCCCGCAUGACUGCAGCUUGGCCGUGGCUUCGGGGUGACUGUUAAUGAGGGCUGAUCAUCAGGUAUCAGUGCAAGGACCCAGGUUUUCCUUAGUUCGCACUUUAGUAAAUGCAAAAGUAGGGAGGGAGGCCUCCUUUUGGACGUUUCUCAAGACUGCUCCAGAACGAAGGCCUCUUCCACUCGGGCACUUCCAUAGGCCUCAACGUGGUGAUUCAUUUCCAGCAAAAUACUGGCUCUUUCGUUGUUUUCCUGCCCAGUAGCUACGUGCUGAACAACAGAUGCCGAUGGACAUACCACUAGUGUUGGGAGAUGCUGGAGGUUAACACACCCUCCUAAGUCGUCUCGUGCUACGUUCUCCAAACAAACCCCCAAAACGAGGAACUGAAAUUUGGGAGGCACAGCACACAAUUCCAGUUUGUUUUCUUUAGUCAAGGUGACACAUUUACCUAGGAUUUUUUUUUUUUCCCUUUGCAGUUACAUCUGGAUCAGGGCAAAACAACUUCCAUUUGGUUCUAGUUAGAGGCCCAGCAAGCACUGGAUGAAGGCCCUGGCGGAAGGGUACCAUCCCUGAGGGCACCGCAUAGUGCGUGGGCUCUGACCUCCAUCCUUGAGGCCGAGGCUGCUACAUGUGGAGUAGAAGUGGAGAGCUCAAGGCAGGUUGGGUCUGAGCUGGUACUUCACCACUAAUGGAGAAGCAGCUUUUGUUGUUGCUGCAGCUGAACAUGGUUAGGGAAAUGGGCUGAACAGGCGUAUUCAAUUUUCUGAAACACCAGUGCUUUGGGAAGCCGGGCGUGCGGUUCCUGAGAAAGAAUGCGGAGCUGGGCUGGAGCCACACGUGAGCCUGCUUACCCACCAGUGCGGCAUCUUUGCUAGUAGCCCCGAUCUCGUCCUCAAGCUCAGUGUCGGUUGAGUGGUUCAGCCAACCGCUCAAAGCUAUUUAUUCAUUGAAGAAAUAACUUAUUUUCUCUCAAACGGUAAUUUGUAACUCUUUGUACUACUACGGAGUUCCCUCCAGAAACAUGGGUAUAAUUCAAGUCAGCAUUGGAGAACUAAAGACUUCUGGCCAGUUAGGGAGUUGAGCGUUGGCCUUGGGGAAGGAAAUUCCACGAGUCUUACGGUGGCUGAAACGUGGGUCCUGCGAGGGGGGCAUAUCCUGUGCUGUGCCUUUAACUGCUUCUUGUGGAACUGUGAUCAUUCUCGUCUGCUUUUGAACAUCCUGGUUCAGGAUGAAGUGAAGAGAACACAAAGGUAAAAGAAUUGUUCCCACCCUGAAGCUUGGAGCUCAGUGGCACCCACACUUCUGGAAAUGGUGCAGCCUUUGGAGAUGGUUCUGUCCCGGUCAUGGUUGUUUCUUCAAGGUUCUCUAAGCUCUUCAGAAUGAAUCUAAUCAUUAGUCUUAUGUAAUUCUCGUCCAAACAGUUUUAAGUGCAAAAUCCCAAGUCCCGUGGUCUCCACGAGUCACCAUUUCCCUGCUGCAGCAGGAGUACUAGUCAGCUGUGAUACCACUUAGUAGUUUAAAUUGCAUUCAUCUCAUGAGAUAGAUACAAAAAGAAUUCUGUUUUGUUAGUGGGUGCCAACUUAAAAUUUCAGAGCAUCCCCUUUUAGAAAUCUCGGGUCUGGCCUCUUUCCGUGCAACCGAACGGCCGUCUGUGCCUCGUGGUCUUCCAUCUAACUGGAGAGCUCAAGCUCCUGCAUUCAGCACACCUGAGCCAGCAGGCUGGGGCCCGAGGGAGGCGGCUGCUUCCGGGCUUUGGCCGCAGAGCCUCGCUUGCCCCCGGGACCCGGAGCCACAAUGGCGGCUAUCCCCAGGCAUACGCGCCCGCCGCCUCCAGCUGACCUCACAGCUGACAGAUCAUCGCCUGUGCCAGGGCCAGAAGCUAUAUGCUUCACGACAUGAAGCAUUGUGUCCCCAAAGCGUCCUGGAGCAGAAUCUCAACAUCCAGAAAAGAGUGUGCUGUAAGUUCCAAGAAUGCUUUCCUGGGAGUGGCUUUUGUGCAUGUGAAGUGGAUUAAGAGUGCUGUUUUUCCUUUCACUGUGAGAAAGGGAGGCCCCCUGCAAGCUUGAGUUCACAUCGUAUCUGCAGUUUCUAGAGGCUUGCAGGGUUGGGGGCGGGUGUCAGUGCCAGUGCCGGCUGCUCGCCUGGGUAAGGAAGGGAGAGGCUGGCUUUGUUCCUGCUUGGGGUUAAACACCUCUAGAGGGUCCUCCCUGAGCCAAGACACAGCUAGUGGGGCAGCAGCCCCAGGGAUGUGGGACAGGCUGGAUGCACCCCUGGUGAGCAGAAGCCCUCCCCUCUGGCACAGGCGCUGUGUCAGCCCCUGAACCUGGAGUGUGAGGGCCCUGUGCACAGAAAUGCCUGGGUCCUGCGUGGGAGCCCCACAGCUGGGGGUGCUGGAGGAAGCUGCCCGUGAGACAUUCAGACGUCUGUAGGGAAGAGAGGCCGCGUGGAACCCCAUGUCCCGCAGCAGGCCGGAGCAUGGUGACUCGCAAGGCAGGGAGGUGCUCACCGGGGCCUCCCAGCAUCUGCAGGUUUUGUCGAAGCUCCAGAGGGUCUUAUUUCUGGUGUCUUUUCCUCUUGCCCCAUGAGCCAGCCCAGGGCACUAGAGACAGUUUAGAAAGCCUAAAUAGUCUCAACAGACAUCUCAUGUGUUCCCACCACACCCAGGCUCUGUGCCGGGUACGUGGCCUCACUGCACCCUUGUGAGGUGGGUGCGAGAGAGCCCAUUUCUCGGCUAUGGGGCCCUUCAGAGGGGAUAAGCACCUUGCCUUGGAGGGCCAGGACUCAAACCCUUCCGCCUGGCUUGUUCUUCUCGCUAUACCUCUUGCCUCGCCUCCCUGGCUUAUGCCUCACCAUCCAGUGUCAAAGAGAGCUGGAGAGAGUGGGCUUAAAAUAAAAGUUGUUUAUUUUAAGAACUUUAAUAUUAUUAAACAGUAACUAAACUAAUGCCAUGAAGUACAAAAGCAAAAUGUUGAAACAGUCCUUUCGGGUCUGUUGUUACAUGUAUUUCUUGGAUGCUUGAGGCCAUCAUCAAGAUAACAGUGGCUGGCUCAUGCCUGUUAGCAAGAAGCAUAUUGGUACGUGGCUUUGGUUGAAGGAGGUGUAUGGUGAUGACCUGGGUGUUUGACAGACACGGCCAGACUUAGACAUCUGUCUGAGGGCUGCCUCGCCCUGCUCCCGUGGUGAGGCCACGUUUCCCACAUAUUGGAAGCAUGUUUUCGUGAACAUGAUCUGAGUCUGGAACAUAUUCAGUUGAAAUGUCUUAAAUGCUGACAAAUCUUCCUCCUUUGACAAAAGUUUGUUUUCAGAAGCAGCUAAGUCAUUUAGAGCCAAAAUUGCUGAGUGGAUAGUGUAAUCAAGCUGGCUGAUAGCAUUUGAGGUCCAAAACUAAGACGUAACCGUUAAGUUCUUAAAGAGGUCGUUCUUAACGUUAGCCCAAAUGGGAGGGCAACAUCUUUGCAAGAUGAGGCUGGAUGGCUGCCCACGAAAGUGUCAUUGAAGGGUGAUAUUCGUUCAGAUGUGAAAGUUCCCAGAGCAGACACGUCAGGGUCACUCCUCACGUGUGGCUUCUUGGGGCCUCCGUUAAGCCAUCUUGCCCACUGGUGGUGCACCCAGGUGGGUGCCUGUAACUCCAUGGGUGCUGCCUGCAGAAGCAAGAAUGUUCAGGCCAGCUGCUUCUCGCUCAGUUUAGCCUAACACACCCCAAACUAGGGUUUUGACCCAUGGUUCUAAGAUACACUGAUUUCAAAACUAGAGCGCUUCUGUGGAGAGAGGAAGAAAGCAAAGUUCAGUAUCUCAGUAUUUUGUAUCUUACUGAAAACCACCUUUAGUAUCAGAGAUAUUUUUUCUGUGUGAAAACUUUUGUGGGGAUUAGAAGGGACAUUUCAUUUCCUUCUUCUUGACAAAGCGGCAUUCUGAGGUUCUCAUGUGCAUUUUUGGAAAUACAUACCGUUUUGUAGAGUUGGCUGUUAAGUAUAUGCUCUUUUUUCUUUUUCUUUUCUUGGCUCCCCGGAGAAGGAAGCUGGUUAAACUACUAGAAAGAUUAAAGUUUUAAAUGUCAGUUAAUUUGUUGUGCUAAAGUAUCUUUUCAAGAGUGUUAUAAUCUGUCCUAUUUGGUGUGAAGUGCUCACAGAAAACCCUGUGAAACCAAAGGGGGCAAUUGAGGUCUAAAAAAAAGACAUAUCUUAGACUGGCUCUGUUCUCGUGGCAUUUUAAAGAGGAUAUUUAAAAGGAUUGGCAUAUUAGAUUCUAACUUUUUUUUUCUUGGAUACAUGAUAAUGCACUUCAGGUGCAGAGUUCUUGGAUAGGAAGGAUGGGACUAGACAGGGAUGGAAUGGAACCUGUCUAGCUGGGACACUAACCCAGGUUUCUGUAUUACUUCGCCUGUUUUUUAAAAGAUGUCUCAUCAUGGGGUGCUGUGAGUUUUGUUCAUGUUUGUGUUGCUGGAUUUAUGGUUAAAUGAAGCAUGUGGCUGGAAGAGGAACUUUUGAGUUUUCACAUUGUCCCAGAUUUCUCUUUGCAGACCUUUAAACCUUAGCCCCUGGUUGAUUGUGUUAAAUCCAUUAUGAGAAUGUUAUUUAAAGUUGUAUUAUAAUUGCAACCUCCACGAAUUAUUCAGUACUGUAGUAGCAAAGUAUUUGUAAGAAUUCGAUUAUUUUUAUACUUAUAUCCACUAUAAGUCUGGCGUUCUAGUCAGUAAAAUGAUGCAAUAAAAUCAAUAUCAUUUUCA